AUGGAACAAGAGCUCGCAGAACUGAAGAAACAGGUACUCACCUUGCAAAAGGAGCUAUCCCGGGUCUCCGACGAGGCCGAGAUCCGCAAAACACAUCACAAAUACGGCUAUUACCUCGACAAAUGCCUCUACAACGAAGUAGUCGACCUCUUCUCAAACCGCCCCGAUACCUUCGUUGAGUUCCUCGGCUCACGCUAUCUCGGCAAAGCCGGCGUCGAGCGGCUCUACAAGGGGCGGUUCGCCAAGACCUUCGUCGCCGGCCGCAACGGUCCCGUCCACGGGUUUCUUCUCGACCACAUAAUGAUGCAAGACAUCGUCGACGUCUCUCCCUCAGGCGACCACGCCUGGUGUCGCAUGCGCGCCCUGAUGCAAGCCGGCACUCAUAACUCGAUCGAGAAGGAUUUCCCGAUGGGACACCGGCAGUGGUGGGAAGGCGGCCUGUAUGAGAAUGAGUAUGUGAAGGAAGACGGGGUAUGGAAACUGUGGAGGUAUAGAUACUUCCCGUUUUGGCAUGCGAAUUUUGAAACGGGGUGGAGCAAGACCAAGCCGAAUUAUGUGCCGUGGCCGACGAGGACGUUUCCGGAGGAUCCCACGGGUCCGGACGAGAUUCUGGAGAGGAAGAUGUUGUGGCCGGAUACGAGGGUGGUGCCGUUUCAUUAUCCGCAUCCGGUCACGGGGGAGAAGAUCAAAGAUGAUGACUUGAGGGCGCCAAAGUAUGGGGAGGGUGUGCAAGAGGGGUGUGAGGAUCCAUUGGUUUUGGAAUUGCCUGGCGGAGGAAAGUGGGACGGUGCGGAGGAACGGGCGAGUAGGAAGGGGGAGAGGGUGUUGCCUGAGUUGGUGCAGGACGGGGCGGAGAAGUGA